AGUACUCUCUUGAGAAUGAGUUUUAUCGUAAAUUAAAGUUUCCUGGAUAAUUUCAAGGCCGCAAUCAUGCCUAAUUACGUUUAUUUUUACGUCAGAGCAGUAUCCGACGACAAAGGCAACGUUAAAACUGAGAGAUUCGUGAAAGGAAAUGCUGAGUUGCUUGGUCAGGUACCCGAUGACGUCUGGGGAACCCUCGGUCGGUAUAAUCUACUCUCGAGGAACCUCCGGGGAGGUCUCACAGGGUGUGGAGACAUCCAUCAUCCGGCGAGGGUGACGUUCAAGGUUUGAAUGACUUUUAAUUCUUUUUUGCCAUCACCACAUGCGGAGAA